GUAGUAGCGAGAGCGCGGCGCGGGCAGAGCGAGCUGCGCGCUGUACUGGGGGGGUCGGAGAGCGCCUGGUUUGGGCGAUGCGUCUCGCCGCGUCCCGGUGAGCGACUGCAGCCUGCGGGACUAGGAGAGCGGGGCCCGGGAAGAAGCUUUCGCCCUCGCCCCGUCUUGGAGCGGCACUUGUCGGCGGCAGGAGGCGGCCGUCGGUGCAAGAGGCUGCAGCGGCUGCAGAGCGCAGAGCCUCCCCGGUGGCUCGCAGAGCAGCAGUGGGAAGAGGAGGCAGGGGAGGAGACGCGGGGCGCUCGCUGCCCCUGGACUCGGCCAUGUCGUCGGCGGCGGUGGCGGUGGCGGCUGCCUCGCGCAGGCAGUCGUGCUACUUGUGCGACCUGCCCCGCAUGCCCUGGGCCAUGAUCUGGGAUUUCACCGAGCCCGUCUGCAGGGGCUGCGUCAACUACGAAGGCGCCGACCGGGUGGAGUUCGUCAUCGACACGGCUCGGCAGCUCAAGCGGGCGCACAGCUUCCAGGAAGGCCGGGCUGCGCCGCCGCCGCCGCACGCCAAGCAGCAGCCGCCGCCGCUCAGCGCCAAGGAGAUGCACUCGGCCGCCGUGGCUGCAGCCGAGGCGGCCGCCCGCGCUCCGCCGCAGCCCCACGAGCGCUACUCUCUGGCGCCCGCCGCGCCUUCCGAGCGGCCGCCGCGCCUGGGACCCGAGUACGGAGCGGGCAGCCGGCAGGUCAACGGCAUCCUGGUGCCCAACGGCUUCUCCAAGCCCGAGGAGCCGCCGGAGCUCAACCGCCAGAGCCCCAACCCGCGGCGGACGCACGCCGUGGCGCCCACCUUGGUGCCCCUCAUGAACGGAGCUUCACUGCCCGCCGCCAUCAACAUUAACAGCCGCGCUGCGGCGGCCGCGGCGGCCUCCCUGGCCGCCAUCUCCGGAGCGCCCACCCCGCUGCAGGUGUCGGUCUCGCAAGCGCAGCAGAGCCAGCAGCAGCCCGGGGAAGUGGGGGGGCACAAGCGGCCCGGCUCGGUGUCCUCGUCGUCGUCCAGUAGCGGCGGCGGCGGCAGCGGAGCCAGCGACUUGGAGGGCAAGGACAAGGGCCAGCAGCAGCAGCAGCAGGCGCGGGGCUCGGCGGACAACUUGGAGCAGCUCGGCGCGGAGAGCAAAAGCCGCGCGGCGGCGGCGGCGGCAGCAGCUAGCGCCGAGCAGGAGUGGAUGGGCAAGCCCAAGACCGUGCGAGACACCCUGCUGGCCUUGCAGCACGGCGGCCACGCGGUGCCCUACGAGAGCAAGUUCAAGAAGGAGCCCGGCAUGGCGGGCGGGAGGCUGCUGGGCUACGACAGCAACGGCGCGGUGGCUAAGUCAGGUGAGCUGCGCUGAGGGGGAACUGGGGAGCGCGGGCUGGGGGGCGCGGGCGCGCUCUUGGCCUGAGCAGGGGGAGGGGCUGGCGGGGGGUUUCUGAGGGAGAAGGAAGGGAAACACUCCCCCCGCCGCGCGCUCCGUUCCCUCAAGGAAAAGACGAGCCAGGGUCGCCAUUUCGGCCCAACUUCCUGGUGCUGAAACCCCAGCGGCGUGCUUGGUGUAACAUGGAUGAGUCAGGGCUCUUUGCUGACAGACACUGACAGAGGGUUUCCCCUCCCUUGCCCUGGCCGCAUUCUUUCGCGAAGGGAGCUGAGGCGCGCAGGGCUGCUCCGAGCAACAGCAGACAUUUUCCUGAGCCAGGCGCCAUAUGUUCCGCAUAUGCUCCGAGGCGCUCGCUUUGGGCGUGCAAAUAAGGAGGAUGCAGGAGUUAUCUGGGCUCGGCAGAUCCCGCGCCCCCCUCACGGCUGCAGCUCGGCUGGGGCAUAGAUUUGCCUUGAGCCUGAAUGGGCUCGGAGCGAGUGGAAGAUUACCAAGCUGCGAGCGGCUCUUUUGGCCGGCAGCCAGCGUGGGAGGGUGGUACAGUGUGGGCACAUUUGAAUGCAUGCAGCAUGUACUGUAGUGUAAGCGCUGGCACGGCGUGUUCACAUGCCGAGCCCCAGCCCCAGAUAAGCUGAAUUUACUGGGGGUUUAAGCUGGUUUGAUCCGUUAGAAUUCAGCGAGCAACUUGGCCCGAAUCCCAAGUGCUUGGCUUGACCGGGCUGUGUGGCAUCUUGACCCUGCCGCUUUGCACACGUUUUCUGUGGCUGUGCUGCUGCGACACUAUAUCUCCUCUCCUGCUUUGCUCCGUAGGGGCCCGGGCUGCGAGGAAGAGAAAGCCUUCUCCAGAGCCUGAAGGUGAAGCUGGACCUCCCAAAAUCAAUGGCGAGGCGCAGUCAUGGCUACCAACCUCCUCAGAAGGGAUGAAGAUCUCCAUGGCAGCUGCGUCCUUCAUGUCCCCACCGCCGCCAACCGCUUCGCCUCAUUCCAACCGGACCACGCCACCCGAGGCAGUCCAGAACGGCCAGUCCCCGAUGGCAGCGCUCAUUUUAGUUGCAGACAAUGCUGGGGGGAACCAUGCCUCCAAAGAUGCCAACCAGGUCCACUCCACCACCAGGAGGAAUAGCAGUAGCCCGCCCUCGCCAUCCCCUAUGAACCAAAGAAGGCCGACCCGGGAGGUGCAGAGCCAAGGGGCAAAUGCCGUAGGGAUGGAGCCUGUGCACCCCGCCAGCCUCCCAGACUCUUCGCUGGCAGCUAGCGUCCCCCUGUGCUGCACCCUGUGUCACGAGCGCCUGGAAGACACCCACUUUGUGCAGUGCCCCUCCGUCCCAUCCCACAAAUUUUGCUUCCCUUGCUCCAGACAGAGCAUCAAACAGCAAGGAGCUAGUGGGGAGGUCUAUUGUCCCAGUGGGGAGAAGUGCCCUCUGGUGGGCUCCAAUGUCCCUUGGGCCUUCAUGCAGGGCGAGAUUGCAACCAUUCUUGCGGGAGAUGUGAAAGUGAAAAAGGAGAGGGACUCUUGACUUUCCCAGUUUCUCAAUGCAACGUCAACCUUAACAUAAAACUGCUUGAAUUGUAUAUAUCUAUAAAUACCUAUAAAUAUCUAUAUAUAUAUUAUAUAUAUAUAUAUAUAUAUCUCCAAGACAAGGGAAAUGUAGACUUCAUAAAACAUGGCUGUAUAAUUUUGAUUUUUUUUGAAUACAUUGUGUUUCUAUAUUUUUUGGAAGACGAAAGGUAUGUACUUAAUGUACUUUUUUCCCUUCUUUUUUUUUGUUAUAGCAAUUAUUUGUUGUGCUUCCUUGGUGAGUUACUGUUUUCAGUGUAGGCUGUGACUUGCGCUGCUUUUUUAGAGCACUUGGCAAAUCAGAAAUGCUUCUAGCUGUGUUUGUAUGCACUUGUUUCUUCUUCUUCUUCUUCCUCCUCUCCUUUUUUUUUUUUUUGUUCUUUCUUUUAAAUGCCAAAUACAUCUGACAUUGUAAAGAACGCCUUACUGUUGGUGGUUCCUUAUUUUUUGCCCUCACUAAUACAUGCUGGAGGCAUGCAGGUUUUAGAGAUAACAUGGCAUUAAAGGUGUUCAUAGGAUUAAAGUGGGAAUGCCACUCAGUCCAGUCCAAAGACAGGUGAGAAAGCACAAGGGGUUUCAUUUGGAAACAUCAUUCCCUUGCUGCUGCUGCUGCUACUGCUGCAAAAAUGGCCAGAUUCUUCAAGUAGUUUUGUUUCCAUAAGGAAGUUGCCUUCAGAGCAUUAUGCUAAGUGAGGCGCUGUUGCAUUAGGAAUUGGGGAGUUGGUUUUUUUCUUAAAGGCAGAGUUGACCACAGUUCAAGAGGUUGGUUGUAAGAUUGCAAAACUGCAUUUAUUCAAUUUCGAAAUGUUCCUGCAGAAUUUUUGUGAUAAGUUAGUUUAUUGUCUAACUGUGCAUUGGUGCAGACAGAAUAGCACUGCCAUUUUUUUAAAAAAACAAAUCCAUACCUUUUCAGCACCAUUUAACAUCACCACUUCCUCCAUGUUCAUGUGGAAAACUCUGAAGCAGAUUUCUUUAUUUUUUAUUUACUUAAUAUAGUGCAGGUGGGCUUUGAUCUUGCUUAUCAAGUAUGAGAAUGUUGUGAUUGUUACUACUGCUGACAUAUUGCCAGGUUGUGGCAGAUAACAGUAUGGUAAUAACAGCAGCAUAUGAGGAUUUUACCUGGCUUGCCUAUUACGGCAGCAUAGAGAUUAGUGAAAAAUUCUACCUGAAAUUUCAUAAUACUUGUGUUGGAGAGAACUAAUUCUCAUCUAAAUGGAACAGCUUGGGAUUUAAAUCAACUCCAGUUUCUUGCCUUUUAGACUACUUUCAAGAAUUCUUUUGUAAAAUUAUUAUUUUGAUCACACCUUUUUUUUUUUUUUGCAUCAGACAGCAACAUUUUUAAUCAAUAAAUCAUCAGUUACUAGAAAUAGUUAAGCCUUACUGUAGUGAUUCUGUGCUGUUUACAGUUGUGUUAGCAACACUGCUGUGCAAGCCCUUGUGCUAAGUGUUUAUAAUAUGUCACAUAGACUUGUUUGAAGCAGAAAGAUGGUUAUACGGUCCCCAUCUCUGUGGCAAAUAACACUAUACAUUUUGAUGUUGAGAGAAUCUGUUCAACUAGGUUUAACAGUUUUUGAUGCUGUUGGGUCAGACUGUUCUUAUGUGUUAAUGUUCAGACUGCUAUUGAAUGCAGAAUAGAUUUUGGUAGGCUUCUUUUUUUUAAUGGUCAUGACAUUUGGAAAUCCAAACUGCACAUGCACAGUAACCUUUCUUUUUUGAAGUGUUUUAAGUACACCCACUAGCAUUGUGUUCCAUAUUACAGGUCAGUGUAAAUUAAAUAACAAGAUUUGCAUGAUAAACCAAUUCAAUGCUCUUUAAAAUGAUAGAAAUACAUAUAGUGCAGACUGGUGUCUUAUGUAAACACAUGUUUAGACAGUUCGAGAGGAAAAAAAACGCACAUAUAUACAACUGUAAAGGAUUCUUUGGAACCACUAUAGUCUGUGGAAAUAUGUAUUUAGGCACUUUAUUAAAAAUUGGAUUUUGAAUUGAUAGAUGGUAACAAGUUCUUAAGAAUCUCUUUGACAUGAUACCUCAUGUAUUAUACCAAUUUGUAUGGAGAAACUGCAUUCUAGGUAAGAGAAUAUCCAUACCAAAAUUUUCCUGGAAAGUUUGUUGUGAUGUCUUGGCAUGUAGUUCAGAUUUGAGCUUCUUAACUUGAAGUGGGGAUGAUAGUAACUUUUUUCUUGCUAAGACUAUUCAGGCAUGUCAAGGUAUUGAAAGGCAUUUGAUCUAGAUCUCCAGCAAAAGCUCUUUUACUACACUUAUAUCCUGAAUAAGUGUCUUCAUAUAUUGUAGCCCAGUAAUAUCACUGUAUGUUCUUUAAAGUAGUUUAAAUAGUGGGAAAGUUUAGGCCUCGUCAUACCACAUGAUGACAACUGGAACACAUUUCAAAGCUCUCCACCUGUUCAGUCAACUCCUUCCAAACCUGUUAAGGUGACCGGUUCUAACAUGCAUUAUAGAUUCAUAAUACAGAAACGUCAUAAACUAGUACAUGAUUUUUGGAUCAAUUGGGCCUAUUGUAAUUUUAGUUUGUUUCCUGACAAGUUUAUGACAUCACCACAGUGGAUCACAUUAUAUUUACUAUAUGUUUUCUUGGCUACAACGUUUUUUUAAGUGCUUUAGCUGCAACAGUACUACCAUUAAUCUCUGAUAAUAAUGCAAACCUUGAUUCCACUGCAGCUAAUGUGAACCGAGUCAUUAAUUUCAGUGGAGUUAGGCUUUGCACCCUUACUUUUUGAAGUUUUUAAUGGUGAUAAUUUGUAUAGCAAUAAAGCAAAAUGUUGUUUUAAUGGAGAGUGUGAUUGUCAAAAUCUCACCUUCAUUUACACUUUUAAGUUACUUUUAUUGAAAUAUCACCUGCACUAUGCUUUCAUUGUUUAUAGUUACUAAACUAACACAUUACUAUUUUUUCCUAUUAUUUUUUAUCUUUUGCAUUGAAUAAAAUGAAACUAGGAGCUUUAAACACUUUCUGCGAGUUUUUGUUACCCUUUUCAUUUUUUAAAAAAUACUGCAGCUACUGAGGUGCAUAGUAGCCAAAUCAACUGGAUUUUUAAGAGAUUGCUCUCUUUUGCUAGACAUAAAAACAGAACCUAGGCUAAGAGCAGAACAGCAGCGUAACUGUAAGUGUACUAUUUUUUUUUUCAGGAGGGCUGACCAUCCUCCUGACAUAAAAGUAGAAAGAAGCCCAGCAAUUGUAUGGUGGUCUAUAAAGCCUUGAGCUAUGUAUCUUGUGAAAUCACAUUUAGGAAGAGGUUUAUUUGGGAGGGUUCUCCCAAUGGCUUUAUGGUAACAGGAUCCUGGGAAAUUUUCUCUGUACUAGGGCCAAAGCCUUCUCACCUUACUACCAAGAAGAACAGACACAGUGUUCUGCUGACAUGAGAGAGUCAUUGAGGGCAGGUGAUUUCACUGUCUACCUUACAGCUUUGCAAAAGGUUCUUUUAGCUAGAGGUGUUAAACCCUAAUAUAAAUAACAAGGCUGGUGGCAAACAGCUAUCCUAAGUAUAUGCAAGUGGAAGAAUCUUUCCUUGAAUUCAGUCCAAAUAAAUAAGUUUAGCACUGAAAUGCUGGCUAAAUAUAUAUAGCAUUGGGGUACUUGACUUUCUCCUUGCAAUAAUGUGGUAUGGAGAAACAUGAACUACUAUGCACAGAUGCAGCCUAGAUGCUCCCAAUCAAAACAAGUACCAAGCAGAAAAACUAUUUGAAACGUUACUGGUUAUGCACAAUAUUGGGAAAGGCUAAGGUAUGAUUAUGAUAUAUUAUUCUUAGUUUUAUAAGAACUGGAUAUUUUAAUAUAUAAUUUAAUUAUUUAAAUAGGAAUUCUGCAUGAGCACCAGAUACAACACUCUGCAGAGGUAUAAGGGGUUGCAAGUUGCUUAACACUAAAAGUUGCACUGUUAAAGUGCGGAAAUGAGUUCAGCUAAAGAUAGUUUACACAAAUAGCCCAGUCAAAAUGUGUUUUUAAGUCAAUGACUUCAGUGGGACUAAAUUUGUUUUAAAAAUUCAAGCGCUCCUGCACUUCAGACUGAAUUGAAAAGUUCCAGUUUACAGUUACAUGAUAUUCUUUGGCUGAUGGUGUAUAUGCAAUGCUAUAAAUAAUUAAAUGGUAAAAAGUGAUACAGGUAUAAGCCGAUGAUUUUUUUUUUUUAACUUUAACCAAUUGCAUUUAUGUGGAAAGGUUGGCCCAUUAAUUUCAAUGGGGUUGCUUCUGUGGUGCGACUAUUUAGGACUGCAUGCAUGGAAAGAUUUGAAAAGUAGUUUAUUUAAAGCUUGCCCCUGCCAAAGACUGCAACUCUAGUUUUUGUUAGUUUUUUUAAAAGACAUUAGCAGAUGAGAGUUCUAAUAAAUAGCUAGGAAGUGUAUGAAAGCAGUGGGGUGAAUUGAAUGGCCCAUUAUUACCCACUCUUAGUAGACCUACCUGUAUCUGAGAUUACAAAAUAAAGGCGGCUGUAAAAGAAACUCUUCUUACCGUUACAUAUAAAAGUGCCCUUGAUUUUUAUCAAAUCUACUGUUACAGGUUACUGGCCAGGCAAGUCAGAUGUUUUUCAAACUCUUCUUGCUAAUGGACAAGGUUAUUUAAAGAUAGAGAAAAAAUCCUGCAGGCAGCUUAUAAAAUAGUUUUACUUGGUAAAGGGUAAUAGGUUUCUCUUCCUAAUUCUUGAGUGUAGAUGUGUAAUCAUUCAGAAAACGUUCGCUGCAUCUAGGCCACACGAAAUCCUGAGUCACCCUCAUUUGCUUGCCUUUGUUCAAGAACUGCAGAUUGAGAGGACACGCCUUUCCUCAGUCAUAGACCAAGGUCAGGCUAUUCUAACAGAUGAAUGGAAUACAUAUUUAUCCAUUUCAUCAUUCCAGACUGGAGCUGGGACACUUGGACUAUUAACUCAUUGACUGUCUUUGGUUAAGCUGUUGUCAUCAGAAAUCCUGAUAAAUAUCAUGAUAGUUUUAUCUUGAACAAAUUCCUAACCUAUAAGCGACACUUUAAUAUCAUGCAACAAGUUGAACGAGUAAUGUGUUUUAAUAUAUAUAUAUAUUUCUCCUCGUUUUAAAUUACCACAAUGCUUAUACAGUUUUACUGCACUUGGGGGGGGGACCAUAAAUAAUCAGUGUCACAUUUAUAAAUUUAUAAAUACUUUUCUAAGGCUUUCACACAAUUUAAAAUCCAAUCCUUCACCCACUUAAAGUUCUAUCUUAUGCACAUUUCUGUAGAAGCAAGUCUUGCUGGAUUCAGUGCAGCUAUUACUACAGAAACUGGAAAUGGUUUGGGACCUGCAGCAUGGCACCCCAAUCCUGAAAACAAUUUGUCAGAAAAAAGUCCUCUGUCCAAUUGAAUUUACAAGCUCAUAUGGCAGAUUUGAUAGUGGUGCAGAUUACUUCAGAAAAGCAUAUUCCUACCUCCCCCACCCAUGUGGUGAUAUGCUAAUUGGAGUGUAAAGCAAAGUGUAUGCUAAGCAUAUUCUUGGCUUAACAAUUUCAGUUACGCACCUUGUGACUGCAAAUCCAAUUUAUCUUAGAAUGCCUGGGCUGCAAAUUAUACAUAGAAAUACGUCCUUUUGAAAACUGGAAUUUACUUGUGUACAUUUAGGGUAAGAUUGCCAACACAAAGAGAAUCUGGGCUUCCCCAACCACCCAGUCCUAGACACAUUUAUGCGGCAUGAAGUUCAAAUGCUUUCAGUUAAAACUACUUCAAGGACUGCAAUCUGCUUGUGCCAUGGAAAGUUAAGAGUGUGGCAUAAAACUGAGGAUUUGUCUUGUCUCUUCCUUAAGCACAGUGGUGGGGGAAGCCAUCCUCCUUUAAGGAGAUGCAUCUGAAAUAAAGACAAGAAACAAGAGGGAAGUUUUCCUAAUCCCACAGUGCUGCUGACAAUCAGCAAUUAUGAAUUUUGCAGGUUGGGAGGUAGUGGGAAUAACAGGGUGUAGGGACUCUGCCUAGUAAUUCAACAACAACCAGCUAUGUUUUUUGUUUAAAAAAUAAGCAACUCAGAUGAAUCCGCCUUGGAGUGAGUCAGAUCAUUAGUACAUCUAACUCAGCAUUAUUUACUCUCUGCUGGCUGCAGCUCUCCAGGGUCUCAGGCAGCAGAUCUUCCCCAUUGUCUGCUACUUGACCAUUUAACUGGAGCCACAAGACAUUGAAUCUGGAACUUUUAUAGCAGGGAUGGGGAAUCCUUUUAAUCUCAAGGGCAGCAUCCCUGUGGCAAGCAGAGCCAUAGGCAGAAGUUGCUGGGGCAACCAAUUUUACCUUUGUACAGCAGGCUAGAUUCUACACACUUUCCACACUGCCCUCUAUAUCCUUCAUCAGAGAAGCAAAGAAGAAUUAUCAGAUAUCAAAGAUGGGCAAAAGCAUACAAGGAGGAUGCAGAGUAUCCUCACUUAUGGCUAUGUACUGAAAAUUUUAAAAAGGAUCUACGAUUACUAUUAGUCCCAUUACAUGGAUUAAGAUCUGAGGCUGAAAAAUUACACAUAUACAACAGUGUAAUUACACAUAUACAACAGACUGAUCUAAAACAAAAAUACUUGGAUUUCUGUUCUAAGUGAAGACAAUGGGCUUGACGCCACAAUCUUAACCAUAUUACAAGCCACACUGAAAAUGAAUGGGAUUUACUUACAUCUGACAUGAUUAGGACUGGGGUAUGAUCUAGUGUAAAUACAAGUACUUCAGAUUAACUGGGUUGUAGACUGAGGUGCAAGGGCUACUCUGCCUAUUACUUGUGUGGGGAAGACUUGUGUUUGGAAAAAUGGGUGUGCCAUACAGGGGCACAAUUGGGGAACCAUGAUUGGCUGCCAUUUCUCACACUUUUACGCAUCUUAAAAACCUAUCCCUUUUAAUGUGUGAAGCCCUUAGUUAAUGAAAAAUCGAUGUUAAAAUCUUGGCACUUCCAAAAGCCAGAGCUCCAGUCACUGGAAAACAUGCUAACAUUGCAUUAGCGUUCCUAGAACCAAUUCCCACCAUCAGAGGUGCUUUACCGAACUGCAGUCUUGUGAUUUUUAAACCCUUACCUUUGAAAAUAAAGAGAUUGUGUAGGUUAGUAAAUGAUUAAUUUCCUUAGCAAGCACCUGAGCUGUAAUCUAGCCAUGUGUUCUCUGUGAUUAAGGUUUGUUCAAGGUGCUCACUGUGCCAGACAAAGUCCUAAGUUCAAACAGUAAUGUUUACACAACCAAGUUCACCUUCUCCUUACAGGUCUGCCAUCCCAAGCGUUAUUCCACACAGCUGCUAGUUUCCCUCUCUGCCCCGCAACCACAGCACUCCACAAUGGGGUAGUUAAAUCUGCCUCUACGAAGAACAACCUGUCCAAUCGCGAUGUGAAAAAAACAUACAGAUUCUAUUGGGACAAACCAGGCCAAAUAGUCUAGAUGACUGUAUCUGAUCAAAAUUCUGAAAACAGGCUGCGAACUCAGAUUGUGUAGGACUCAUCUAACAUGUUUUAUACUUUAUGUGCCACAGUGACGUCUGCUGAGUCAUCAUAGAAUUGUUGAGUUGGGAGUAACCAAGGGUCAUCUAGUCCAACCCCCUGCAAUGCCCAAUGUGGAGCAGAAGCCCACAACCCUGAGAGUCUCAUGCUCUACCGACAGAGCUAUCCAGCUGUGCCUCUGAUCACUUGCAACUGUUUCAGCAUGCACAGAGAUCAAAACUUGUGGUUUUAAUUCACCAUUUUGAUACUUUCUGUCAAGCGCUUGACAAAUUUGCUAGAUAAGAAUAAUAACUCAGCUAAGGUGGCUACUCUCUUUCAGAAAGGAGACCUCGCAAGUGUUGCAUUGCAGGUAAAAAGGCAGGGAAUAUCCAUGUCAGGAAAAGUCGAAUUUUAUUAGAUUUCUGCCUGCUAAACAGUAACCAGAAAAAAAAUAGUAGCUCAAGUCACUGGAAAGCUACCAGUCAGCUUACGUGAGCAGAUCGAUAUGCUUCUGCGUGAGGUGCCUGCAGCAAUGCCCAAGUGAGACUGCAAUUCUGAACACAUUGACGAGGAAGCUUGACUUCCAACAGCUUGACCUCACCCCCAAAGGCGCACUCAUCCAUUGUUUCCCCGAGACAGAGAGAUGCCAACUACUAGGAAGCCAGCCCAGUGAAUGCAGUAGGACUUACUUCUGAGUAACAUGCUUGGGAUUUGCUGCAAUUAUGUGCCAUAUGCCAUAUAGAUCCACAUAUAAGGCCUUCUGAUUUUGUAAGCCUUGUUGUAGUUACAGUGGUACCUCGGGUUAUAGACGCUUCGGGUUACAGACUCCGCUAACCCAGAAAUAGUACCUCGGGUUAAGAACUUUGCUUCAGGAUGAGAACAGAAAUUGUGUGGUGGUGGUGCAGUGACAGCAGGAGGCCCCAUUAGCUAAAGUGGUUCUUCAGGUUAAGAACAGUUUCAGGUUAAGAACAGACCUCCGGAAUGAAUUAAGUUUUUAACCCGAAGUACCACUGUACUUGCAAGUGUAUGCCUAAACCUAUUCAUUUUUUGAGUUGUGCAACUUUCUUCUUUACAUCACAUACAGACCUUUUUGUUUCAAAAUAAAAUGUUCCCCCCCCCCCAUUUCAUUUUUAAAAGGUAGUUCUGGGAAUACAUUUUGCGGGGGGGGGGAGGGGGAGAGAGAGCCAAAGCACAAAACCAUCAGAACAGGCCCAGGUACACACCCACGCCAAGCAACAUUUUUUUCUUAAGUCACAACAACAGAGGGUUGGAUCAGAUGACCCCCGUGAUCCCUUCCCAUUCUCAGUUGGGUUAGACGAGCGUAGUGCUGAUAAUGCCAAGGUUGCAGGUUCGAUCCUGGUAUGGGACAGCUGCAUAUUCCUGUCUUAAUAGGCGCCCCCACCCUCAGAAAUCCCGUCGCGGGAACGCGAGUGCGCAUGGCAGAGCCAGCUGAGAAGAAAGACCCCGGCAUUUCCACGGGGCGUCUGGGGGGGGGGGUCACUCAUGCAGAGGCUUGGAUCUCUAUUAAGACUUUCACUCGGAUCAGUCCAUAGCCACCCCAAAUAAGCUGGACCACCCUGGAGCAAAGCAGCGUGGCCGCGAUCCUGACGAGGGAGCCGCCACCCCGGAAGCCUCCCCUGGCAGCUCCCGCCAGCCCCUCCCGGGCCGGGAAACUGCACCAGCUGCGCCCGCUAUAAUUAGAGCGAGGGAGUGAGCGGCGCAGGCGUGGCGGCGGCCCCUCCUCCUCCGAGGCCCCGGCGGGAGAGCAGCUCCCUCGCUCGGCCCCUCGGGCCUGCCGGAGAAGGACCAAGAAAGGAAUCGUGCCGACCGGCUCCGCUCUUGAUCUGGACGGGUCACCUGGUGGUGAACCAAAUAUAGCCAAGCGGCCCAAGCAGCUCCUGGCAAGCAGCCGCUUUGCAAAAGCGAGAGUCGCGCGGCCUUGCGCAACCCGGGGAAAGGGCAAAGGCGUGACGUGGCGCGCCGCCACAGGCUAGGCCUGCGAAGGGCCAAGGGGUGGAUUUGGGGCUUUGGGGUGUCUUCCCCUCCCCCCGCGCGCUUGCUUUUGCCUGCCUGACUCAUCGCAGUAAUAGAGCCGCAGGCGUCAGCAAGGGUUACCCGGGAAGGACUGGUUUGGAGAUUGCUACACCAGCAAGCUUGGCCUGGGAAGAAGCAUGCAAGCGACUGCAGUCUUCGGAGAGUCCGGGAAACUGCCUGGUUCCCAAAUUCCCAGGAUCACUUAGUAAUGUUUGUGCCCCUUGUAGCAAUCGUAAAGUGCUGUGCUAGACGCUGCCUGCUUUUCGAUUCUAUUUUUACAGGCAAAGCACUUGAAUGAAGCUCCCGGACCAGAGUUUGGGAACACCUGCCCUAUAUUUAUUUAUAGUUAUUCAUUUCGGAGCAGGACUGUAAACUGAUAUUCUCACAUGCUUUUGCGCGUCCUGGUCUCUAGAGCAGAGAAUAAUCCUGGGUGUCAUAGACUGGUGUUGCCAACCUAACUGUAGAAUUUUCUUUUAAAGGUCCAGUGGCAGUUCCUACUGUAGCUAUUAACUUUUUGAAAGCGGGUGUUAAAAUAUCCUCACUGCUUAAAAGAAGUAGAUUUAAAACUUACCCAAUGCUAAUAUUUCUUGUUGUCACUGUUUGUUACCCACUUUUCACCACUGGUUCUGCAAAGCAAUUAACAAAUGUUCAGCUUAAUAAACUUCCAUCUUACCCAUCAAAUAGAAUUUUACCAAGCAGGGCAGUUUACAUACAACAAAAACAUAUGAAAGGUUCAACUGCAGCUUUUUUUAAAAAAUGGAAUUCAUAUGAGGGUCUGUUUUAGCAGGGAGUUCUAGACGUUUUGCAAGCAUAUGAUAAGAAACUAUUUAAUAAAAUGUAGCUCUUUAAUUUCAUCAAAUGAAGCCUAUGGGGCAAUUUCCCGUUUCCAACAAUUACCUUAUUGAUCAAAGGAAGAUAUUCUGUGCCAGGGCACCCAGUCUUCCUACUGCCAUCACCCUUUUCUUAUCUGAAUUCAACUUCAACGUGUUUUAACUCAGCUACAGCCUCCAGACACUUGAAUCAGCACUGAGGCAGCAGCUCCCAGCUGCUUAGUUACCAAAACAGAGAGCUGUGUGUCAUAGGCAUAUGGAUGGCAUGCAACUGCAAAGCUCUGGAGGAUCUCAUCCAGCAGCUUUGUAGAGAUAUUAGUGCUGUUGCCAAUACUGACCCCUAAAUAACAGACCUUGAGGGGCUGAUCUUCCCUCUCUCAUCAUCUCAUCAGGCAUCUUCAUUAUACAGCCUCCAGCAUAUGCUGAAAACACACCUCUUUACCCUGGCUUGCGGUGUCUAUUUUUAGGACCCACCUUGGUUUUUUUGGGGGGGGGGAUUAUAUGUUGUUUUGAACAGUUUUCAAUUGUUGUGUUUUAAUAUUGUAACCAGUCCUAGGAUCUUAGGCAGGUAAUUAUAAGAAUCCCUCUUUGAGUGUGUCUCUCUAAAUACAGUGGUACCUCAGGUUACAUACGCUUCAGGUUACAGACUCCACUAGCCCAGAAAUAGUGCUUCAGGUUAAGAACUUUGCUUCAGGAUGAGAACAGAAAUUGUGCUCCGGCAGCGCAGCAGCAGCAGGAGGCCCCAUUAGCUAAAGUGGUGCUUCAGGUUAAGUACGGACCUCCGGAACGAAUUAAGUACUUAACCUGAGGUACCACUGUAAAGGUAUUCUAAUAAUCCUCCAGUAAAUUCUACCCCAUGGGUAGGCAAACUAAGGCCUGGGGGCUGGAUCCGGCCCAGUCACCUUCUGAAUCCGGCCUGUGGACGGUCCGUGAAUCAGCAUGUUUCUACCUGAGUAGAAUGUGUGCUUUUAUUUAAAAUGCAUCUCUGAGUUAUAUGUGGGGAAUAGGAAUUUGUUCAUAUUUUUUCUUCAAAAUAUAGUCCAGCCCCUCCCCAAGGUCUGAGGGACAGUGGACUGGCCCCCUGCUGAAAAAGUUUGCUGACCCCUGUUCUAGCCAUUGUAAACAAGAAGUCCACCGUGUUGGAUGCAACUUAGGAGGUCUAGAAGUGCCAUCAGAGAAUUAUUCCUUUUAUGGAUCUCAAGAAAUACACCUAGUAGGCCUCCUUUGAAUGUCUGCUGUCUCCUCCCCCAUUCCACUUUAAGUUUAACUUCUGACUCCAUCCGUGGCAUCAGCAUUGGCCAACUUUUUAUAACCUGUCAGUUUAGAUGGUUUUGGUUACUGUCUAGACUGAUGAAGAGUUCCAGAGAACUCAAAAGCUCACACACUUUCGUAAUAUUUUGGCUGACCUAAUAAAGGUAUUGCCCCAAUGUGGAUAUUGGAAUGUUUCUUAUGGGAUAACAUGGUUUGCUUUCUUUCUUUCUUUCUUUCUUUCUUUCUUUCUUUCUUUCUUUCUUUCUUUCUUAUACAGAUCCAAUGCCUACUAAAGCUGUCUCAUUACCAUAGCCAGGAAAGAAGCCUAACUGAAAGGGGUUCUGGGCCCUAGACUUUCACUAGUCCACAAGUACUUAGCUCACAAGUAACUUAGCUCACAAGUACUGGUAAUUACCUUCAAGGUAAGCAGGCUGAAGUCAUCCAAGCACUGGAGACUGUGGAUGCUUCUGAUAUUGCUCUGGUGGCACCUGAGAUGGAUCAGAGCUGAGCAGUUUCAUCAACCAUGAAAAUUAUCACCAUGAGUUCUGUAUACCAAUGGACUUUGGGCCAGGAGAGAGAGUAAUAAAGUGCAGUUCCUUCAA